AUGGCCGAUAAUAUGUCAGCGUCCCAGUCGCAACUUGCCUCCACAUCGUCCCUUUCGCCCUCGAAACUCUGCUCCAAAACCUACAAGAAAGCCUCGCAGCUGUAUCUCACGCGUCGGUUACAAGAAUCGUUGACGGCCCUGGAACCUGUCAUCACGCCCAAUCGACCAGCCGAGGAUCAGCAGUAUUCCAAUGGCGACGAUUCCACGGCGCCGAUUGCGACCGCCCCCGCCACGUGGAGGAUCAAAGUGUGGAAUCUAUACAUUACCCUCUUGAGUACCAUACUUGAUCUGGGACCCGAGGAGGGGAAACAAUUAUUCGGCCAGAAAGAAUGGAAGGCAAUUUCGACCAAGGUUCGAGAGGGGGAGAUCUGGGAGACCGUUCUCCAAACGGGCUACAAAGGUCUAGAGGGGUCGGUCGAUGCGGAGGUCGUAUACAAUCUAGCCACAUUAUUGCUCAAUCACUCGCCCUCGCAAACGCUGAACCAGCAACGACUUGAAACCUACCUCUCCUCGUAUGGCCAGCCGAACCUCGAUAUCGCAGAGCACAUGCAGAACUCGCCCAAUGGUUCGCAGACAUCCCGCGCGCGCCCGAACGGCGGCACCGACACUCCGAAAGAUCUCGCUGCUCGAGUCAGGAUCAUCGAGCUCUUUACGCUCCACGUUCUUCCCCGCAAUGAGGAAUGGGAUUACGCCAGCGAGUUCAUCAAUCUGAGCGAGGUCCUCGACGAAGAGCGCAAGGAACUCUUUCUACAAACCCUCGACGGACUCAAAGAGGAGCGGGAGCAAGGAGAGCUACGCGCCGCGGCGCUUCAACGGGAGAAGGAUGCCGAGAUGGAGCGACAGAUGCGCGAAGCCGAGCGCGAAAGAGCGGAGGAGGCCGCCGCGGCAGAAAGCGUGCAGAAGAACCACGGUCGCAAUCACAGCGAAGUGGACUACGGGAUCGAGAAGCCCAACCCGAACGGCAGCCCCAAGGCGCGGGGAAAGCAGACGAGCAGCAAAGGCAGUGGCUCGUCACGAACUGCUUUCUCGCCGCCCGGGUCGAAGAACGUGAAAAGACCCGAGAAGCCCGAGUCCCGGGCCAAACAGACACGGGCGUUCACGAACGUCCUGCGCAACCUUAUGCAAUACAUCUCCAAGUCUAUUGCGGGGAAUCCCCUGUCUUUUGCCCGUACGAUAUUAUUCAUGCUCGGCUUGGUCGUGGCUCUAAGCCGAGAGAACGUGCGGGAGCGGAUCCGGAGAAUCACCGGGUCUGGAUGGCAGAAGGUCAAGGGGACUGUGGGGAUGGGCGUGAAAGUGAGCUAUAUUUAA